GAAAAAAUUUCAAAAAGGAAUCAGCAAAGGAAAAAAGGAAAAAAAAUAUAUAAAAAACCAAAAAAUAGAACCGAUACCUUUAAAGAGAAUUACUUUUAAUAAAAAAGGUACAAAAUUGUUCAAUACAAUUUCCGGAUCGGUGACAAUAUCUAAAACGGAAAAGAAGCAACAAACGAGAUCAUUAUUACGUAACAAUCUAACUAAGCAAUCUAACAAAAUUAGUAAGCUAACUAAACAUAGUUUUGUGAAGAAAAAUGGAAAGAAAAACAUAGUAGAUAAAGCUGAGAAAAUUGAAAAUCGCAAACGAGAAAUGGCGCGGUUAAAGAAUAUGUUCAAACCUUUCGCGGGGAUUUUAGGAGAUAUCCAGCCGGCGGUUCUCCCAGAAAAAUUAUUGGCAACUAGUCAACGUAUUCCAGAAAAGAAAACUGAAAAGAUAGAUUUUUCAGCUACUGGUAACAAAGAAGAGAUACGUAGAACCAAAAAGGAACCUUGCGGUUGGAGAACGAAGUCGGAGCAGGAACUUCCAGCAAAAAAGACUGUGGCCUAUCUCUGCGAGCCGGAUUAUCCUCUAGAGACAAUGGCAGUACGUCCUGGAGGACGACCUUGCCAAUGUAGGGAAAAUAGAAACAAGAAAAAGAUUCUUACGUAUAAUGUAAGUGGUUUGGUUGAGAAGAAAAGAGAUGAAAGAAGAGCUAGCAGAAAGAAAUUAAAGGAAAAGAAUAGAAUCAUUGACGGUGUCCUUUACGUUACGCCACCCAUUAGUCCCCGAAGAAGUGACGAAUAUGUUCCAGAAUAUGAUCUUCUCGAAUCGCCAUACGACAUGUGUGUUAGCAAAGCUAUGGAUAAAAGAUUGAAGCUAAUAGAAAAGCAUUCCGGAUCCAAAAAUUUGGUAGAAAAAAUACGGAAAAAAUCAAACUCAUGCAAUUGUUGUAAUAAUGUCGUCAUUAAAGAAGACUACUUCAUCGAUCAGAAGAAAGAUCUUGAAGAGACUAGAAAAAAGUUUAUGGAAUCCAAAUCACCGGAAGAAAGAUGGAAGACAGCUUUGAAGGAUGCAGCACUGACAGAUUAUUUUACCCAACGCGAUAAUAACAUACCUUGCUGGACGACCUGCAAGAAAAUUGCUCAAAGUUACAGACCUCGUCGAUUGAAGGUAGUAAAGCCCGUGUGUAAAUGUAAAUAUGAAAGAAAAAUCGUGGAGCGAAAUGAAGAAAGAAUGAAAUGGAAGACACGUCAACGAAGAUUGAAGGAUUUGAAGAAGCAAUCUUUCAUACAUAUUGUCGAUACCUCAAGACCGAUGAUAGAGGAUAAGAAGCUUAUUAUAUCAGAUGUGAAGAGAAUCCUGCGGGAAGACGAGAAAGAGGAAAUUAAAUAUUCUGAGGCAAUUAUUGACGAGGUCGAUCAGCAAAAUGUAUCACACAAACAAAUCGAAAAGACAAAAGAAAAGAUUGACGAUAAGAGGAGUCAUCGGAUAAGCGGUGGUGGCGAUAAGAAAUAUGUAAACAAGUUUGAUCCACUUAUAGCGAUAAUGAAGGUAUUUUCGUGAAUCUUUUUAAUUUGAUGACUAAUUAACUCGCAAUAUAUUAAUAUUAAUUACAUUAUUUAUGAAUAAAUAUAAUAGAGGAAAGCCCCCUAUUAUGAGAUAGGCGUCUAAUAUGAGAUAAUGGCGUUUCGGCUGAACUAAUAAACGCUGUUGG